UGUUGUUGUGGUCUCCGCGGAGUCUGCCCUGUUCGGUGCGCCUCUAAACACGAUUGAACUUAAAUUUCAGCGUUAUUUUCCUUAUUUUACCUCUGAUUUUGAGUAAGUGGACGUCGGGAGCCACAGGGAGCCAUGGCGCAGUAUAAAGGAGCUGCCAGUGAGGCCGGGAGAGCCAUGCAGCUGAUGAAGAAGAGAGAGAAAGAACGAGAACAACUCGAGCAGCUCAAGCAGAAAAUAGCUGAAGACAACAUGGUCAAGUCCAACAUUGAUAAAAAAUUCUCAGCUCAUUAUGAUGCUGUGGAGGCAGAGCUCAAGUCCAGUACAGUUGGCCUGGUGACACUGAACGAUAUGAAGGCCAAACAGGAGGCCCUGGUGAAAGAGAGAGAGAAGCAGCUCGCCAAGAAGGAGCAGUCCAAAGAGCUCCAGCUCAAACUUGAGAAGCAGAAAGAGAAGAAACGAAAAGAGGAGCAGAAACGAAAGAUUGCCAGUUUGUCUUUUAACCCUGAAGAUGAGGAAGAUGAAGAGGAGGAAGGGGAGGAGGAUGAGCUGGAGGACUUUCCAGCCAAAAAGAAGAAACUGGGGAAAAAUCCAGAUGUGGACACCAGUUUUCUGCCAGAUCGAGACAGAGAGGAGGAGGAGAAUCGGCUGAGAGAGGAGCUGAGACAGGAGUGGGAGCUGAAGCAAGAGAAAAUCAAAAAUGAGGAGAUUGAAAUCACCUUCAGUUACUGGGAUGGGUCUGGACAUCGAAAGACUGUAAAAAUGAAGAAAGGAAACACCAUUCAGAACUUUCUACAAAAAGCUCUUGAAGUUCUCAGAAAGGACUUCAGUGAACUCCGGUCUGCUGGCGUGGAGCAGCUUAUGUACAUAAAAGAGGAUCUGAUAAUCCCACAUCAUCACAGUUUUUACGACUUCAUUGUAACCAAAGCCAGAGGCAAAUCAGGCCCCCUCUUCAGUUUUGAUGUUCACGAUGACAUACGACUGGUUAACGACGCCACCGUGGAGAAAGAUGAGUCACAUGCUGGAAAAGUGGUUCUGAGAAGCUGGUAUGAGAAGAACAAGCAUAUCUUUCCUGCAAGUCGCUGGGAGCCCUACGAUCCUGAGAAGAAAUGGGACAAAUACACAAUCCGGUGAAAGCAGUCGCCCUCCUGGAGUUGGGAGCUAGGACUUUUGCUGUUGAAAAUAACAUUCAACUGUCUCAUUACUUGUAUCAUUAUAAUUCUUAUGUAAAUACCUGUUUUGUGAUCAAUAAAGCAAAAUUACCCUCUGGA